UACGAAAAAAUCCUGAAUUACAUCCAGAUCGGCAAGGACGAAGGCGCGGAAGUUUUGACGGGCGGCGAGGCGCAGACGAACGCAGGUGUCGAAGAAGGCUUCUACGUUCAGCCGACCUUGCUCAAAGGUCACAACAAAAUGCGUGUUUUCCAAGAGGAAAUCUUCGGUCCGGUGACUUCGAUCACGACUUUCAAAGACGAAGCCGAAGCCAUCGAGAUCGCCAACGACACGCUUUACGGUCUCGGCGCGGGCGUUUGGACACGCGACGCGCACCAGCUUUACCAAGUCCCGCGCGCCAUCAAAGCCGGACGCGUCUGGGUCAAUUGCUAUCACAAUUACCCUGCCCACGCGCCUUUCGGCGGCUACAAAAAGAGCGGUUUCGGCAGAGAAAAUCACAAAAUGAUGCUCGACCACUACCGCAACAACAAAAAUAUGCUCGUUUCCUACGACAAGAAGGCGUUGGGCUUCUUCUAA